AUGUUCGAGAGCGUAGAGGCCUGUAACUCAUGCGGUUUGACCCUCAAUCAUCUUGCUCUCUCUGCUCUCGUCGGCAAUGGUGUCCGGCGAUGGUACCCGGCGCAAACAGCCAGGUUGGAUCGAGCGCCUUACUGA